UCUCUUUUUUUUUCCACCAAAAAAAACAUACCAGCUGACAUCAACUGACCAUAGUCCAAAUUGAACCGUUCUUUACGAUUUUUAUUUCCAUUUUCAACAAUUUUUAUCAUACAAACCCUCUAUAUUCUCUCAUCAUCUUCUCCUAAAUUUUCUCUCUCCUUAAUUUUCUGUUACCUCCAUUUUUCUCUGCUGCGAACGCAACAUCGGCUUCUGGAACUCUCUACUUAAUUUAUAGGGUUUAGAACUGUUUCAAAAAGUGAAAUUCAAUAUGGCAACCAUGGAAAGUUUAAUUGGACUUGUCAACAAAAUUCAAAGAGCUUGUACUGUUCUUGGUGACCACGGCGGUAGUGAUUCUUCUUUCUCUUCUCUUUGGGAAGCUCUUCCCUCUGUUGCGGUUGUCGGUGGUCAGAGUUCUGGAAAAUCUUCUGUUCUUGAGAGUAUUGUUGGCCGUGACUUUCUUCCUCGAGGAUCUGGAAUUGUGACGAGGCGACCGUUGGUGUUGCAAUUGCAUAAAACAGAGGAUGGUUCGCAAGAGUAUGCUGAAUUUUUGCACAUGCCUAAGCGCCGAUUUACUGAUUUCUCCUUGGUCCGCAAGGAAAUUCAAGAUGAAACUGAUCGAGUUACUGGGAAGUCCAAAAUGAUAUCGCCUGUUCCGAUUCACCUUAGCAUUUACUCACCACAUGUUGUCAACUUGACGCUUAUUGAUUUGCCGGGUCUAACUAAGGUCGCUGUAGAGGGACAGCCUGAAAGUAUUGUGAAGGACAUUGAAGACAUGGUCCGUUUGUAUGUGGAGAAGCCCAAUUGCAUUAUACUAGCAAUAUCCCCAGCUAAUCAAGAUAUUGCAACAUCAGAUGCCAUUAAACUUGCCAAAGAAGUAGACCCCAAUGGUGACCGUACCUUUGGUGUUCUUACUAAAUUAGAUCUUAUGGACAAAGGGACAAAUGCACUAGAGGUUCUUGAAGGAAGAUCCUAUCGACUUCAACAGCCCUGGGUGGGAAUAGUGAAUCGUUCACAAGCAGAAAUCAACAGAAAUGUGGAUAUGAUUGCUGCAAGGCACAAGGAGCGUGAGUACUUUGCAACUAGCCCCGACUAUUCACACUUAGCUAGCAGAAUGGGAUCAGAAUAUCUAGCAAAAAUGCUUUCAAAGCAUUUGGAGGCAGUAAUUAGGGCCCGAAUCCCUAGUAUUAUUUCAUUGAUAAAUAAGAAUAUUGAUGAACUAGAAGCAGAAUUGGAUCGGCUUGGCAGGCCCAUUGGUGUUGAUGCAGGGGCUCAGCUAUACACAAUCUUGGAACUUUGCCGUGCUUUUGACAAAAUUUUCAAGGAGCAUUUGGAUGGAGGGCGUCCUGGUGGUGAUCGUAUAUAUGGAGUUUUUGACAAUCAGCUCCCUGCUGCACUAAAAAAGCUCCCGUUUGAUCGAUAUCUUUCUUUACAAAAUGUUAAGAAAGUGGUCUCCGAGGCUGAUGGCUAUCAACCACAUCUCAUAGCUCCUGAACAAGGUUACCGCCGUCUGAUUGAAGGUGCUUUACAUUAUUUCAGAGGCCCUGCCGAAGCUUCUGUUGAUGCUGUUCACUUUGUAUUAAAGGAACUUGUGAGGAAAUCAAUUGCGGAAACUCAGGAACUAAAGCGCUUCCCAUCUUUGCAAGCUGAACUAGCUGCAGCUUGUUAUGCGUCCUUGGAGAGGUUCCGUGAUGAAAGCAGGAAGACGGUUAUCAGGUUAGUGGAAAUGGAAGCUGCAUACUUGACUGUGGAAUUCUUCAGAAGACUUCCUCAGGAAGCGGAGAAAUCUGCAAAUCCAGGUGGUCCAAAUGCAAAUGCCAAUGCAAAUACAAAUGCAAAUUUGGAUCGAUACAAUGAUGGACAUUUCCGAAGAAUAGCAUCAAAUGUCUCAUCUUAUAUACGUAUGACAUCGGACACACUUAAGAACACCAUCCCAAAGGCAACUGUUCAUUGUCAAGUAAGAGAAGCCAAACAUUCAUUGCUCAAUCUCUUUUACACGCAAGUUGGCAAGAGAGAGGGAAAACAGCUUGGGCAGAUGCUUGACGAAGACCCACAAUUAAUGGACAGGAGACUACAAUGUGCCAAACGGCUUGAAUUAUACAAGUCCGCAAGGGCUGAGAUUGAGGCUGUCUCAUGGGGCCGAUCAUAGUGUGCAGUUAACUGGAUGUGUUGGUUUGUGAUGUAUUAUAUAGUCAUACAAUUUAGCUUAUUUAAGGUCAAAUAUAUCUCGUUUUAUAUAUGUUGUAUUUUGAGCAUUCAUUUUUCCUGCAUCACAGAAGCAGGUUGUUGGAUUUGUGUACUGUACCAACAGCAUGAUCUGAACAUGCUUUGUAAAUGUCAUUAUCAUAUUGCCAGGUGAGUUUUUAACUUACCCUGUUUUUAUGGUCACCCUGUGAUGCUCGAGACUAGGGUUUUUAAUGGGCCGGAUAAAGGCCGUGUCGGGCAUAAGUAAAUAUGGUCCGGGUUGUAAAAGUCUGGCCCAACCUAACCCGGUCCAUU